UAACCCAACCCCACUCAUCACCAUCGGCCAGCAUCCAGCAAAGAAACCACCCAAAAACCAAAAAAAAACGAAAAAGAUGAGGAACCAAGAACUACUAAGCAACAAGAAGAAGAGAAAAGUACCAUCAACAAACCAACAACAACAACAACAACAACAACAACAAACGACUCCAAACAAACCAACAACCUUCACUUUCCAACAAACCACAUCAAAAACAACCAACAACAACAACAACAACCUCGAUCUACUACUUGCUCAGGACGAACAACUCAAACUAUCAUCAUCAUCCUCCCUAGUCGACCCAAUCACACUGGCUAAAAUCCUAUCUUCUCACCAUGUCAGGAUGAAGAAAAGACCAAUCAGCUCACCAAGACACUACGGGAGACAUCUCCAUAAACUAAGCCAAUCUCGUUCAUCGAUCGAUCAACUCCAACUACCACUAGACCACAACACCAAAACAACACCAACCAGCAAGCUCAAUCAACCAAGACCUCAACCUAAGAAGAUCAACAAACGAUCAAUCAACCCUAAUCACCCCAAACAGCUCAAACCACCCUCAUCUCGCCCUCAGCCUAACAAGUCCACUAAAUCUUCCCCACUCAAACUUCCCAUCUUACCUAACCUCUACGAUCCCCGUCUACCUAUCGACUACAUCUAUCCUCACAGGUUUCCAGAUUCUAACGACCUAUCGAAAAUCAAAAACCUCAUUCCAGAGCCUCAACAGAAUACAGUCAGCUUCCUACCAUCUGAUUAUAAUGGUCAAUUUACGUUCAGGUUGGAGAUGCACCAAAUCUGUCAACGAUUGCUAGGCUUACAUCUGGCAAUCAGUAACGACAAGAAGAACCGGGCGGUGCAGAUCCAAGAGGCGAUGAGGAUUGCGAUGGAGAGGUUGGACCGAACUAUCGGUCCGGAAUCCCUCCAACUAGACCAGGCUCAGCAGGAUCGGGCCCGGAUGGCAAAGAUCGAGCCCGCUCGACGGCCGGCCAGUCAGGCACCUCCUUCCACACAUCCCCCGAUGACCGACCAGCGAUUCCCUCCAGAGCACCGACGCCGCACCCGUCGGUCCUCAUCCUCGACGACUGACCACGGGCCCUCAGGGCCUCCACCGACCGAGCCCCCACCACCACUUCCUCAGCCGGCUCUCAAGUCCCGAGUCCCAGGUCCUCCGACCGGUGGGGCCCAGGUGGCCGGGAAUCCGGACGUCCGGGCGGGACAGGGUUUACGGAAGAACAAGAAGAAGGGGAAGAAGAAACGAUCGGCACAUGCGAAUGCCAACAACAUCCACCAUCGGGACAAUUAUGUGCCCUCCCGACUGCCGACGAGCUACCCGGUUCGGUCGGGCACGGGACGGGGGUUCGAGGAGGAAGGGAUGCCCCGGGACUGGGCGCGGAUCCGUCUAGAAUACGAAGGCCGCCUGGGGCGAGGGUUCAUCGACCCGACGGCGGCCGGGCCGGACGAGCCCGGGGGUGAGGCCCUCUCCUCGACGGGGGCCCGGAAGGCCCAUUGCCAACUGGGCCGCUCACCGAUCGCACGCUUCUUCGUCGAGCCAGACGAAUGGAUCUGUUCCUUCUGCGAAUACGAGCUCUGGUUCGGCGAUCCACUCGGGCUGAUCAGAGUGAUCAAGAACCGCAAGGAUGUCCUCCGUCGUAGGAGGAGAGCUAAGGAACGGGCGGCCAGAGCGGCCAGUGGGAUCCCCCCUUCGACCACCCAUCCCCCUCCUCCUACUUCUACUCCUCAUCCUCCUGCAUCUGCUCCUGCUCACCAUCAAACUUCUUCAUUGCCUCCUGCUCCGGCUCACUCCACUACUCCAUCCUCAGUCGAGAGUAAUAAGAUUCGGAAGAAGUCGAAGAAUAAUAACUUCCCUACCCUCUCUCUUCCUCAACGAGCUGCUCAGCAGCAGCAACAACAACAUUCUAAACCUGUCACCUCUGCUAGUCCUUCCCCUGCCUCCCGUCGUCGUCCAGCUCUCGCUCCGAACGAGAACUACGGGGACCAGGAUGAUGAUGAAGAGGAGGAGGAGGAGGAUGAAGAGGAUGAAGGUGAAGAGGAGGAGGAGGAGGAGGAGGAGGAAGAUGAAGCAGAAGAUGAGGAGGAGGAUGAAGAAGAAGGGGAGGAGGAAGAUGAUGACGAAGAAGAAGCAGAUGAUGAUCCGGUAUCACAAUCUAACAACCCUUCAGCUCGCUCCGCUCAUCCCCCUCUUGCUCACAAAUCUCCCCCUGAUAAACUCCCCUUCUAAUCUCAUUUUCCUUCCUCUUCUUCUUCUUACCCUUCUCCUCAUCUUCAUUCUUCAUUCUUCAUUCAUCUUUAUUAUUCAUUCUUCAUCAGCGUCAUCGUCAUCGUUGCCUUCCACUCAAAUCUUCCAUUCUUCUUUCCAAAUUGAAGAUCGUUCAAGUUUACACAGUCUUUCUUUGUUUGCUGUUUGGUUCUCGUUUGCACUUUCUAGCUUCUUUCCUCUCACUUUCUAUUUCUUUGUUCUGUUCUGUCAUAAGAAUUUCUUCUUUCUCCUUAGUUACUUCUGAUCUUUUUAUUAUUAUUUAUUCUUUUGCCAACUUUUUUUUUAAAAAAAAAGGUUAAGGUUUUUCUUCUUCUUUUCUUUUCAUGCUUCAUUCCAUCAAUUA